AGAAAUAUGAAUCGACAAUUGCCGUGACGUGAAGCAUAUAACAAUAACAGCUUUUCCUUUUAAGAGAAGAAAAAAAAAAAUCCAAAAUAAAACAUAUUACAACAGCUUUGGGUCAUCAAUCAUCAUCUUCUUCGUUUUCGUCUUAGGCGUUUUGGUGUGUGGUGCUGGUCAUCGUCGUUAUCGAAUUAUAACCCUAACUUUUCAGCUCAUAUCACACCUCAAAAUCUAGCUACUUAUGGUGUCAUAGAAGAAAAAUGGGAACUUUUGAAGGAAAAGUUACAUUCACUUCCCUUCCCAAGCAAGAAAAGGAGAAAACUAUUUACCCUUAUGUUGAUGAUGGCUAUAGUAAUAGCAAUCCUGUAUGGCCUGCCACUAAAGAUGCGACUGUGACUGCAACUAAUCAUCAGUUAGGGUCAAAGUCGACGAAAGCUGUGAAAGAAGAUUAUUCUUUCCAGUAUCCGUUUGAGUCCGAAGACUACCUUGAUGAUGGAUAUGAUUCUAGUGAGGAUACUUGCACUGCAAUUCAAAGUAGUAAUAGUAGGCACCCAGAGGUUAAUUUGAAGAAUGUCUUGAGUGGGAUAGUUGCGAUUUUGACUGGGAAAAACAAAGUCCCAAGUGUUUCUAUGAAUCAACAACUUCCUAUUUCGAAUGUUUCCUUUCUUGGGUCUGAAAAGAAUGGGGACACUUAUUUGCAUUCCUCUGUUUAUAUUCCAAGUGCUCCUCCUCUAUUAGAUACAGUUGGGAUUAAUUAUAACGCAUACAAAGAGGUAUUGGAAGCUGAACCACCAGAGUGGUUACCGGAUAGUUCUACAACAGUUUGUAUGCAGUGCACUUCUCCCUUCACAGCACUUACCCGUGGAAGGCAUCAUUGUCGAUUUUGCGGUGGGGUUUUUUGUAGAGGAUGCACUAAAGGGAGGUGCUUGCUACCUGUUAAAUUUAGGGAGAGGAAUCCACAGAGGGUAUGUGAUACCUGCUAUGAUAGACUCGAUCCUUUACAAGCAGUUCUAAUCAAUACCAUUAGCAAUGCUGUACAAGUAGCAAAGCAUGAUGUGAUGGAUUGGACAUGCACAAGAGGAUGGUUGAAUCUUCCAGUUGGUUUGUCCAUGGAACACGAGAUAUACAAAGCAUCCAAUACGUUAAGGAGCUACUGUCAGGUUGCUAGAUUGAAUCCUGAGAAGUCUAUACCUCUAGCAGUUCUGAAAGGUGCCAAAGGUCUGGCAAUAUUAACUGUUGCCAAAGCUGGUGCAUUGGUUUCUUACAAAGUUGGCACUGGUUUAGUUGUAGCACGAAGGUCAGAUGGAUCAUGGUCUGCCCCAUCUGCCAUAUGGUCAGUUGGUUUAGGAUGGGGUGCACAGAUUGGGGGUGAGCUCAUGGACUUUAUAGUUGUCCUCCAUGAUAUGAAAGCUGUGAAGACAUUUUGUAGUCGGAUGCAUUUUUCUCUUGGUGCUGGUUGUAGUGCUGCAGCAGGCCCUGUCGGAAGGGUGCUGGAAGCAGAUCUCCGGGCUGGGGAUAGAGGUUCUGGCAUGUGCUACACUUACAGUUGUAGCAAAGGGGCAUUUGUUGGAGUAUCACUUGAAGGGAAUAUAGUUACAACGAGGCUGGAUGUCAAUCUAAAGUUCUAUGGGGAUCCUUAUCUGACUACAAAUGACAUUCUGCUUGGCACUGUGGAAAGACCAAAAGCUGCCCAGCCCUUGUAUACUGCCCUUGAUGGCCUCUACUCUAGUCUGUGGGGUUAGUUGCUGGACCUGUUUACAGGUGGCAAGUCCCUGUUGGAUAAGAAGUCUCCAUUCAACCUAAAACUCUCUUGGCAUGUGUCAUGUAUCUGUCGGGAAGUGUACUUGCUCCUGAAAUUUGUAUAGUGGCACCAAGUCUCAUUGGUAUGUCUGCAGAAAAUGAAGAUGGUUUCAUGCAGAGACAAGUCAGCUUAUAUGUCUGUUUGUUAUAAGCUUUGAUUCCAUUUGAUUAAUGUUCAUUCGAUCCAAUCAACCAGAUAAUCCUGAUGUAAAUAUGCAGUUGUCAAUACAAUUAUAAAUAUUUGUACCAA